UAAAAAUAAACCAAAUGUAUACCAAUUACUGAGAAUCAAAAGUACAAGCAAAAAUUUGGCGAAGCACAAAUAAAAAAAAGGAUUUUUCGAAAAAUAAAUUAAAAAUAAGCAAUGAGUAAAAAUUUUGCAAAAUAAAAUUAAAUACAAAAAAUUAAAAAUACUUGAAAAAAUUUAACGCUUGCUGAGAAUAAUAAGCACGAGAGAAAAUUUUGUAAAAUAAAAUUAAUAUAAAAAUAUUUCAAAAGAAAUUAAAAAAAUAUUAGUUCAAAAGCUCUAUGAAGAAAUAGGAAUAAACCAAAUGGAUAUUAUUUAUUGACAAUAAAAAGCACGAGUAAAAAUUUUGCGAAAUAAAAUUAUUGUGAUAAAAGAAGGUAUUUAGAAAAUAGUAAAAAAUAAAAAAUUUAAAAACAAAAGCAAAUUAAAAAAUAUAAAAAAUAAAUUAAAUAGAAACCAAAGUGCAAACGAAUUGCUGGAAAUAAUGAGCAUAAGUUAAUUUUGCGAAAUAAAAUUAGCUCUUUCUGAAAAUAAAAAGCACGAAAAAAAAUUUUGCAAAAUAAAAUUAUUAAAAAAAUAUUUUCCAAAAAUAGUAAAAAAAAUUACUUAAAAACACAAAAAUAAAAAUAUUAAGAAUAAACUAAAUUCAUACUAAUUGCACUAAUUACUGACAAUAACAAGCACAAGCAAAAAUUGUGUGAAAUAAAAAAAGAUUUUUCGAAAAAUAAUUAAAAAAAUUUAUUCUAAAACACAAACAAAGUAGAAUAAAUUAAAUUAAAGCUAAAUUGCAGAACGCUUGCUGAAAAUAAUAAUAAGUUCCUUAGAAAAUGGAUGAAACGCAGAUUAAAAACGAAGAAAAAUCCACUCUUCGGUUUGGUCAACGCCAUGUACAAAUUCUUCUACUCUUUACAGCUAUAGUAGUCAACUAUAUAGCCAAAUUUAAUGCCGGUGUAGCUGUGGUCGCCAUGACUAAUGCCGCUACUACAAAUCCUGACUUUCCAGAAUACAAAUGGAGUGAUGUGGAAAAAUCCUACAUCCUUUCGAGUUUCUUCUGGGGAAAUUUCAUCACACAGUUUCCCGGCGGUUAUCUCUGUCGGCGGCUUGGCGUUAAACGUACUCUCCUCAUUUCCACACUGGGAUCUUCACUACUUGGGUUUCUACCCCCACUGUGCGUCAGCUGGGGUGGUUGGAGUAUCUACUGUGCUAUACGUGUCGUACAAGGUCUCUUCCAAGGCUUCUUAUUUCCUGGCAUACAUGCCCAUCUGGCGAUCUGGUGCCCGGUGAAUGAACGCAAUCGGCUGGGCGCUUUAGCCAAUACAGGCAUCGAAUGUGGUACGCUACUCUCGAUGUUUCUGAGUGGUGUAAUUGCUGCAUCCAGCAUAGGUUGGCCGGGCCUCUUUUAUGUAUCCAGCGCUUUGGGCUUAGUUUGGUGCACUGCAUGGGCAUACUUAUCGACAAAUCAACCGAGUGAAUCUAAAUUUAUUACUUCAGCUGAACUCAAUUACAUUGACGCAUCGAAAAAUACCAACAAUCAACUGAAGGUGGAUGAAGUGAAACGUGAAUUGCCAGUGCCAUGGCGUGCUAUUUUGGCAUCGUUGCCUUUUUGGGCAUUGGUUGUUUCACGUGCUGCUCAGUCAUGGGGUUUCUCUACACUGCAGGCGGAAAUUCCAUCGUACAUGAAAGGUGUACUAAAUAUGGAUAUGAAGAAGAAUGCUCUCUACUCGGCGCUACCUUAUUUGGCCAUGUGGACCAUGUCCUAUGUGUAUCUCGUUGUAUCGGAUGUGCUGUUGAGUCGCAAAAUACUUUCCCUCACUGCAAUAAGGAAAACAUUCAAUACAUUGGCUUUUUGGAUACCUGCUGCUGGGCUCAUAGGCAUUGGAUUUUUGGGAAAUGAACAGAAAUUGUUUGUUAUUAUCUUAAUGACGAUUAGUGUGGGUGUAAAUGCUGGUGCCACCAUUGGGAGUGCGUUGAACACAAUUGAUCUGUCGCCAAAUUAUGCGGGCAUUCUUAUGGGCGUCGUGAAUACUGUAGCAAACGUAAUACCUAUACUCACGCCACUGCUGGUCGGUUUGGUGGUGUCGAAUGAGCAUAGUCGCACACAAUGGCAAUUAGUGUUUAUAAUAGCUGCUGUAGUCUUAGCGUUGGGUAAUUUGUUCUACUUGAUUUUCGGUAAAAUGGAUUUACAGGCUUGGAACGACGAAAACUACCUGCAGAGCAAAGGAGCACAAAACAAGCAGCAGGAAAAGAACUCUGAUGGAAUUCAGUAUGUGCGAAAACCUUGUCAAUAAGAACUUGAAAAGACCAUGAACCGAAUAAAAAAUUCGGGGUGAUAUCUAUUAACAACAACUGAUUAGAUGCAAAUAUGUCUUUACUUUUAUUUAGGGAGGCGUAGUAAAUUG